AUGAAGUUCCUGAGCGAAGCCUCGGGCAGACGACUGUACUACACGAUCAACUUGGUGGCAGGCCUUGCCAUAUUCUUCUUUGGAUAUGACCAAGGCAUGAUGGGAGGUGUUAACACCUCUCCCGAUUACGUUCGCGUCAUGAAACUCGGCUAUUCCACCUACGAGGGCCCCUCUGAGGGGUAUGUUGUAACCAUUACGGAGCCCACGAGACAGGGCGGCAUUGUCAGCAUAUACUAUUUCGGAACAUUGCUCGGUUGCCUCAUGGGCGGCGUGCUGGGCGACAGGUAUGGGAGCAUAUGGGUUCUCAUCGGCGCAACUCUGCAAUGUUCGGCACAGAACAUCGCAUGGAUGCUGUGUGCCCGCGUAGUCAAUGGUAUUGGCACGGGUUAUCUCAAUGCCAUUGUACCCGUCUGGAGCGCCGAAGUCGCGUCACAUACUUCCCGCGGUGCCUUUAUUGCCAGCGAAUUCACGCUUAAUAUCUUCGGUGUCGUUGUGGCAUACUGGCUCGAGUUCGCUCUAGGGUAUGUUGGCGACGGCACAACUCAAGUCCGAUGGCGGUUCCCGAUAGCGUUCCAGAUUGUUCCGGUGCUGGCUUUCAUGAAUCAGUCUCCGCGAUGGCUCAUGAAAAUGGGCCGUGUGGAAGAAGCGCGGACAAUUCUUGGCCGCCUGCGCUCAGAGACCGGCAAUGUGGAAGAUGCGGGCGUCAUUGCGGAAUACGAAGAGAUCGUCGUUGCAGUCGAGUUGGAGAAGGAACACGCGGCAGGAAACUCGUACCUUGCGAUGUUCCUCGGGUGGCACGACAGCGAUCUCCACGUCGCGCGUCGCGUGCAGCUUUCUAUUUGGCUGCAGAUCGUUCAGGAGUGGUGCGGCAUUGCGGCGAUCACAGUCUAUGCACCCACCAUUUUCGCCGAGGCUGGUUACGGUGCGCGGAAAUCUCAAUGGCUUUCGGGAUUGAACGACAUCACAUACUGUUUGAGCACCCUCCUCGCUGUUGUCACCAUUGAUCGGCUUGGUAGACGCAUUGGCUUGUGGUGGGGUGCCGUCGGUCAAGGGACUUCCCUCAUCCUCGCAGGUGCCUUCAGCAGACUUCUCAAGGACCACCCGGAGAAAGCCACGGAGUACGGUGGCGCCGCCGCUUUAUUCGUCUUCACCUACACUGCAAUCUUCGGUGCCACUUGGCUGACCAUUCCAUGGGUGUACCCCACCGAAACUUUCCCACUGUACGUGCGCGCAAAGGGAAACGCAUGGGGUGUCGUAGGCUGGUCGAUUGGCAACGGCUGGCUUACCUUGCUCAACCCUGUGAUGUUCUCCAGCAUUUCUGAGAACACGCUGCACGUCUUCGGCGCCAUCAACUUCCUCACGAUUCCUAUGAUUUGGGCCUUCUAUCCCGAGACGGCGAAUCGCACAUUGGAAGAGAUGGAUCAUCUCUUCAUGAGCGAAAGCCCCUUCGUCUGGGAAGAGGAGGCGUACUUCAGGAAGUGGAAGGAAGAAGGGGAGCCCUCUGUCGCAAAUAAGGGCGCAAUCAAGCAACAGCCGGAGGAGAUCGACAUCAAGGUCGAUGAGUCGCGGAAGGAGAAGGAAGCUUCAUGAUCGAAACGCGUUUCCGGGUGCCCUUUUCCUCUUACUCUGACAUGCAUACAGGUGCUCGCCGAGUGUGAAUAGCUGGGCUCUGCUCUGCUCAUCACGCUCAUCCGGCGAGACCACGAUUCACGUCAUAAUGAUUGCACGCCUUAGCUCCGAUUGUUGACAUACAGUGUAUACUUCCACUUCAUUAAUGAUUUGUUGUAGCUCUGACUGC